AUGGACAGUGACCACAGAGAGCAUGUGGGACCCAGGCUGAAGCAGCGGUUGGGAUCCAGCAAUUUGAAUUGGGUCCAGCAUAUUUGCUUGCAGUCUGGAACUGGAGCUGCCAGACCGGCCAGUGGAGGCACAGGCUUUGCAGGCAGCAAUGCAUGUGGCAGCUUUGCCCCUGGAAGUGGAUUUUCCUGUGCCUUUGGAGGGGUCUUAGGCAGUGUUCCUUGUGGGAACCACGCUGGUGGUGUCCGUGGAAGCACUGCUUGUGCUGGCUUUACUGGAAAUGAAGGGGGACUCCUCUCUGGGAAUGAGAAGGUGACCAUGCAGAAUCUUAAUGACCGCUUGGCAUCCUACCUGGAUAACAGGAGAGCCCUGCAGGAGGCAAAUGCUGAACUAGAGAGAAAAAUCAAACAUUGGUAUGAAAAAUAGGGACCAGGAUCUUGCCACGAACUUGAUUGUGACUAUAGCACUUAUCACCUAACAACUGAAGAUCUCAGGAAUAAGAUUAUCUCUUCAACUACUGCUAAUGCUUAUGUACUUCUGCACACUGAUAAUGCCAGACUGGCUGCUGAUGACUUCCGGCUAAAGUAUGAAAAUGAGCUCGCUCUUCACCAAAACACAGAGACUGACAUCAACGGGCUAAGAGGAGUCCUAGAUGAACUGACCCUUGGCAGGACUGACCAGGAACUGCAGCAUGAAUCCCUGAGUGAAGAGAGAACAUAUCCCAAGAACCAUGAAGAGAAAAUAAAGGCUCUGCAGUGCGGAGGCGGGGGCCACGUGAACGUGGAGAUGAACGCGGCGCCCGGGGUGGACCUCACGGUUCUGCUGAACAACAUGCGCGCUGAGUAGGAAAGCCUGGCUGAGCAGAACCGCAGGGACGCGGAGGCCCGGCUCCGCGAGCCGGUGAAACGCCACCUGCAGCAAGAGGUCUCAGACCAUGCGGGCGCUGCCACCUCGGCCAGGGCCGAGCUGACCGAAAUGAAGCGCGUGCUGCAGAGCCUGGACAUCGAGCUGCAGUCCCCCCUGGCCCUCAGAAACUCCCUGGAGUGCUCCCUGAGCGAGACCGAAGGCAACUACUGUGCACAGCUCGCCCAGAUCCAGGCUCAGGUCAGUGCCCUGGAGGAGCAGCUGCACCAGGUCAGAACCGAGACCGAGGGCCAGAAGUUCGAGUACGAGCAGCUACUCGACAUCAAGGUGCACCUGGAGAAAGACAUUGAGACCUACUGCCGCCUGAUAGAAAAAAAUGACAGCUCAUUCUCCAAAUCAAAGGGUUUUGGAUCAGGAAGCUCAGGGAAUUCAACUAAAGGUAAUAGCAAAACCACGCUGGUAAAGACAGUGCUUGGAGAGAGAGAUCAACGUAGUAAAGUUCUUUCACCAAGGGUUCACUCCAUUGAAGAAAAGACACCUUAA